AUGAUCCCUGCGACUCCAGUCAUCCUAUUCAAAACUCCUUCUUCUUCUUCUUCAUCAUCGUCGUUAUCCUCAUCGUCUGCAUCCAAUGAUCCGUAUACCCAAGCUCUCUCAUCGACGAACUACCAGCCAACGCACAUCCCUGUCUUGGAAGAGAGAUACGACACGGCUGAACUGGCGUCUAUAAUUCAAAGAGGAGGAGAUGAAUGGGAAGGAGUGAUCAUAACUUCUAGAAGAGGUGCAGAAGGUUGGAUUCAAGCUGUCAAUCAUCAUUUGAAGUCUACCUCUACCUCAUCAAGUACGUCAAAAGACAAAGGGAAAGGAAAGGAGAUAGCUUGGAGCGAACUCCCAUUGUGGACAGUUGGAACUGCUUCUAUAGAUCAUUUGAACGAGUCUCAUCUACCAUCAAGAUAUCUAUUCAAAUUACCAAAUCGUUACAAAGAUAAUAAAGAGGAACCACCUAAAUCAGCUAUACACCUCACACCACACAUUCUCAAUGCACCGCCCAGAUCAGCACAAGGAAGAGAGUAUAGACCAUAUUUAUACGUGAGAGGAGAUAAGUCAACUGAUAUUCUGCAAGAUGAUCUACGUAAGAACGGAAGAACCGUAAGGGAAACAAUGGUAUACUCGACGACACCAAGAGAAGAUAUACGACGCAAUAUCCAAAAAUUUGAGAACGCUGCUUCGGGGAAAGGAAAAACGAAAGGAUGGUUAGCGUUCUUUUCGCCUAGUGGAGCAGAAGUAAUCUUGAACAUACUGAGCGAUAUGGACCCAGACCCAGAUGAAGUAAUAGAUAAGAAGGAUAAUGAGACAGAUGGGAGACGGAUAAACGCAUUUUGGAAAGGAUGGAAGAUUUUCGUCAUCGGUGAGACUACAAGAAGAUGUCUCGAAGGAAAAGGGAUAAGAGUUCAUGCCGUUGCUCAAAGACCGACUCCUGAGGGAUUAUUGAAAGCUAUCAAAGAAGUAGAUCAAAGAACGUUUUAA